CCGAUGCCAGUUUUAUUGCUUAUUCAGUACCAGUUUUAUUCAUUGUUCAAUGUCAGUUUAAUUCAUUGUUCAAUGCCAGUUUGUUUUCAAUUUCAAGCUGAAGGCCAGUGUAAUGGGUCUACCUUGAUCCUGCACGCCACGGAGGUGCCAACUAACCUUGGAACACCCGACUAUCCGAAUGGAUACGAAAGCAACUUGACCUGCAUGUGGGUAAUUGACUCGGGUUCGGAUGGCCAGAGAAUCAUGCUCUACUCUGACUCCAUUGAUGUCGAUUGCGGUGACAGCUUUUCUAUCUACGACGGAAAUUCGGCUGAUGACUCAAUUUUGCAAGCCCAAGCGUGUGGUAGGGGCUAUUACUCACAACUUUAUGUCACAUCCGGUCGUUAUGCUAUGCUGGUAUUCUUGACUGACAGCUCAACCUUCGGAAAUGGAAUGACAUUGACCUACCUAUCGGCUCCGGAUACAUCGGGUGCCGGAUGCUCGGAGACAGUGACACUCUUGGCAACCGAGACACCACAAUAUCUGACGUCAGAGAAUUUCCCCGACCCUUACUCAGCGUAUGAUAGUAAUUGCCGAUGGGAGAUAUCCGGGUCAACGGCUUCAUCAAAGGUGUAUGUAGAAGUGAUGUUUAUGGAAGUUGAGGAAGACUCCACUUGCGAGUAUGACUAUGUCAGCAUUUACGACGGUCUCUACAUAUGUGAGUAUAACGAAAUAAUGAAAAUGUGUCCCACCCGUACAAACGCAGAAGACCCACGGUUUAACUUCACUUCAACCGACAACGCUGUCAUAAUAAAGUUGUUCUCCGAUGACAGCGUUCAAAAACAUGGUUUUCUUCUCAAAUACGUAGAGAACCUCAGUGAGACAACCACAACAACGACCACUCAAACAACAACAACAGCUAUGAGGACGACGACCACCAACAUCGAUACCUCUUCAACAACGACGCCGACCACGGGGGCCACAUCCACUUGCGAACUUGAUAUCGCUGUGGUUGCUGGAAGUGCUGCCGCUGGAGCAGCCCUUGGUGUUGGCGUCGUCGGAGCCAUCUGGGCAAUACAGCACCAAUGGCUUCGGAACGUUAAGCGAGUUCAGCCCUUCGCCGCUGGCCGUUAA